AUGUCUCUGGGGAGCAGCUCGACCGCCGUCCUCGAGCCCGAGGCCCAGGCCCCGGGGGUGAGCUUGAAGAUCGGCAGGACCCUCUCCAUGAGAGGGAUCACCCUCUGCCGGUGGAAAUUCGCGAUGACGGCAGUCGCCAUCAACCCUCUUCGAUCCAGGCGCUCCAGCGCGUCGGUUCAGAGCAUUUUAAACUACAUAACAGGAUGGCCUGCGACGAUUGCAGAUGGCCGAAAGGGGACGCGCGUCGGUGAGGCUUCGGCGGCGGAGUUCGGCGACGGGGCCGACGGUGAGGGCAAUUGCACGGCGGGAGGCAGCGACGGAGGCGCGGCCCUCGCGGCGGCGGAGGCGGUGACGGGGGCACGGCAGGAGGCGGAGAUUGGGGGCGACGGCGGGGGCAGGGCUGGAGGCGGCGGUGGGGGCGCCUCUCGAGAGCAGAGCGGCGGCGUCCGUGGGCCUCGGGGGAGGAGGCUGGUGCGCGGACGCACGGUGGUGGGACUGUGCUGGUUGUAA